CUAAAAUUGAUGUAAAAUUGGGAGCAAAUGGAUAACGAUUUGAUAUUGGAUUCGUCGGAAACGUUAGGAAACUCGAGGAAUCAAAGGCGAAGAAGUUCUCUAUUCGGUAAACAAAGCAAUGGAUUCGCGAAUCCAAUCCCCGAUUCUGACGAUACGUUUAUGGAUACGUCCGAUAUAUCGCCUGUCCCUCCGUCGGGUUCUCGACCGCGACGUCUGGCCACGUGGGCCGACGACACGUCCGAUGACAUCCAACAGAUCCGUAACAUUCAAAUGAAUGCAAACAAACAGAAACUGAUGGACGACUCGGACAACGACGUGACGCCAAUGAUUCCCGAUCUCCAAGAGGUGAACGACUAUGAGAUGACACAAACAGUGGCCGAACCGCCGACGGCUCACAAUCAGAUCAUUAGUUUCAAAGAAUUGGAUAAAAAUGUAUUAAAACAGUCGGCGUUCACAUCACUGGAUGGCAUCGAUUUGACUCAAUUGACUCACUUCUGUCUCCCAGAGAAUCAAGUGAGAGAAGAAGACAUCGGCUGGAGUUGGGAUCAUCUCAUGUCUGACAUCACGUCCAAACUGACCAACGAUACCGACGAAAACGUCUAA